AUGUCCACCUCCCGCAUCUUGUACGACAUCCCCUCGACUGUCUCCAACAAAGCUUGGUCGCCCAACGUCUGGAAAGCCAGAUACGUGCUCAACUAUAAAGGCCUUCCAUACCGCACCGAAUGGGUUGAUUCCCCCACAUCGAAGCCCUCUGAUGGCGUAGCACCCCAUUACACUCUCCCCCUUUUGCACGAUCAUUCCACUGGUGCCUCCGUCUCCGAAUCAGCGGCCAUCGCCCGGUACCUGGACAAAACCUACCCCGAAACACCCGUUGUCAUCCCUGCAGGCACCAACGCUGAGGAGUACUUCAGGAGGACAAGGGAGGCUAACACGCUUGGGGGUAAGAAAUUGGAGGAUACCAUCCUGAAGGGUGAGGAGAGGGUGAGGGAGUGGGCAAAGUUGAAAACAGUUUUCGGAAAGAUCGACGCAUGGUAUGGGAAGGGGGAUAUGUAUGUUAUGGAGGAUAUUGUGUCGUACGCGAAUUUCAUGAUCAGCGCGUACCCCGUGUGGUUUCGUAUCUUAUAUGGCGCGGACAGCGAGGAAUGGGAGGAUAUCUUGACGAGGGACGAAGGCAGGUGGGGUGUGCUGGUGAAGGAUUUCCAGAAGUAUGAGACUGUUGUAUAAUCAGACCGAUGGGAAGGAGCCCUUAAAGGUCGUAAGAUAAAUAAUUGCGUAACGACGGCAGAUAUAGCCAGCUUCUCUUUUUUAACUAGUCACCAACACUCGUCCUGGCGUACUGGAG